AACAAGCCCAGCACUGCACUGAUUACAUUACACAACGGCGCAAACGCGUCGCAUCUACUCUCGCCCUAGCCUCCUCGUCGAGAACACACAUAACAGAUCACGAUGGGUGGAGAUUUGCAGCUGAAAAAGUCGUACCAUCCGGCUCUCCUGAAGAAUCAGGCCAGGGUUUACGAUGCCGAAAAGGCUGCGCUCGCCGAGAGGAAGAAGACUGAGGCACGCAUCCAAGAGAUCAAGGAGGAACGAGCUCAGAAGGAGAUACAGGAGAAACUCGAGGCAGCAGGCGGCCGGAAACGCAUCGACCGAGUGGAUUGGAUGUAUCAAGGUCCUAGCGAUGGCCAGGGUGGAACGACUGAAGAGCUAGAGGGGUUUCUUCUGGGCAAGCGGAGGAUUGAUACCAUACUCACACGUGGGCCGGAAACCGACAAUCUCAAGAAGCAGUCGUCUUAUGAUAGCCUUGCCGCGCCCCAGAACUCGGCCGUGAAUGCGAGAGAUGUCGCAGCCAAGAUUCGGGAAGACCCCUUGCUAGCCAUUAAAAAACGUGAACAAGAAGCAUACGAGGCAAUGAUGAAUGAUCCUAUCAAGAGAAGGCAAUUACUGGCUUCCAUGGGCCGGACCGAUGAUAAGCAGUCAUCCCGUGGACGGGAUGAGAAACAUUCAAGACGUCACAAACACCGACACAGAUCGCAUUCUAGAGAGCAUCGUCAUAGAAGACAUCGGCGCUCGGACUCAAGAGACCGUGACGAGUCCAGAGAUCGAGGGCACCGCUCCCACAGGCGUGACUCCGGCGAUAGAUCAGACUCGAGGGAGAGACGAGAGUCACACAGAGGACGCGAUGAAAGGAAGCGAUCGAUAUCGCGGGAGAGAUAUAGAGAGAAGAGAGACAACGACAGGUCUUACAGGGAUCGAUCGCGGAGCCCACGUCGUAGUGACCGUAGAGAAGAUGAUUCCAGGCGCCGUCGUGACUAUUCUCUCGAGUCACCUAGAGGCCGUCAGCAGAAUUAUCGUGACGAUAGAGAACGGCGCAAUGAUCGCGAUCAUCAGCGAGACUCCGUUUAUAGGAGUGGUCCAGGAAACGGUCGUGCAGGCGGCGAAAGGGGUUCAGCGCCUUCGACAGAUGCUACCGCGGCCGAGGAGCGUGCCCGGAAAUUGGCGGCAAUGCAAGAAGCAGCGUCAGAUUUAGAUAAGGAUCGGGAGAAACGACUGGCAGUCCUUGAAGAACGGGAACGGCAGGCUAGGGACGCCGAUGAUGAGGCGAGGGCUCGUGCUGGCAAAUACGGAGACCAGGAGUUCGUCAAUGGGUUACGGAGAAAGCUGAUUAGUUAGAUAUCUCAACCUUUAGAAAAUCCACGAGGAAUACGAUUUGUUGGUCAAGAGACUUACGCUGUUCAGCAUUGCACUUGAUAGACCUACCGAGGGCGUGGCAUUCACGGCUACUAUAGACUGAUCCACGCUACGACGAACAUUUUAGCUAGCACAGUUUCAUGACGAGGCGUAUGAACUCGAGACCUCUCCUGUUUUAAUCCCCAUUGUAGGCCACUGAAAAGUUCAUUGCAUCUCUGACCCUGCAUAUCGCCCUCUAUGCGUUGUCAUCGUCUCAUAUGGUGUU